GGCUGUGCAGCCGGUGGGUUGUCUUGUCCCCACUUGAGCCUCCAUUUUGGCCCCUAUAAAUAUAUUUAUUAUAAAUAAAUAAAUAAAUACAUUUUUACGACUAUAAGAAAGAGAGAGAGAUAGAAAGAAACCCCCAUUUACCAAUUAACAACAACAUUAAUUCCUACGACCCAAUUUUCCUUCUAUAUAUUAGCAACUUCUUCACGCAAUCUUUCCAACGCCAUUGUCAAGACGGAUUUUUUUCCCAUUUUGUCUUCUGGACUUAUUGUUGACCUUGUGGCUUGAACAGUAGUUGCUAGUUACUUAUUCAAAAACUGUAUUCAUUGAAGUUUUGUAGUGCUAUCCUUUGCUUCAGUAUUUAUCCUUAAUUUGGAGCAUUGUAUGAGUGAUUUCCUUUUGAUUCUUUAAAGACAAGUAAAGAUUCAUAGUUUUAAAGAUUCAGAGCUUCAGUAGGGAAUAUAUUUAGAGCUCAUCCUUUUGGUAAGUAUACAUGUAGUUGACAUUAUUUUGAAUAUUUUCUUAAUAAUACACUUUUAUCAUGGGUUUCCAUUGAGUUUUAUUUGCUGUUGAUAUGGAUCAUAUAAUAGUUAAUCUUGAUGAAUAAUUGUAUUAGGCUUUAGAUAAUAUUUAUCUGCAUUCAAUGUUUAUUUAUACUCCUUAGCUUGUAGGUUAAUAUUGAUAAUAAUUUUAUUUGAAGAUGUCAAAUACCUUUCUUAUGAUUUUUUAAAUUUAUAAUUUUUGGUUUGAAAACAAAGAAUAGUUUGGCACUAAUAAAAUGUAAUGUGAUCUUACUGAGGUUCAUUUCUCCAUGACUGGCUUCAUUCUGUAUGUUUCUUGUAAGCAUCAUAUUAUUAUCAAAUUUUCACAUAUCUUUUCACAUGUUAUGUAUUUUUCUGGAUUUAGUUCAAGACUUCAGUUUUAUUAAGUUGUAUGUGCACCACUUACUUGAUUGAGUUGUAUUCACUGGUAAGAUGGUUGACUUAUAUAAUUUACAUAAAGAAAGAGAUGUGCUUCAUGAUAUUGAGACCCUGAUGACAACUUAAGAAUUGUAGAUGUAAACAAGUCUGGCAGGCUGAUUGAGGUGUCUAUUGAAAACAAAUGAGUAAGAUGAAAGUAAAGGGAAAAAAUACUCUUUGAGUUUGUUGUGUAGUUGGAGAAAUAGACAUUGUAUUUGUUAAAGUAUAGUUUUGCCUUGGUCUUCACAAAGGCCAUGUAUAUGUUUGUUUAUAUAUUCAACUACUUCAUUAGGAAGUAAAACAGUUUGUCUGUAUCCAUGUGAGUGGGAACACUUGCCUGAUUAUAGAAAUGGGUGAUUGGAUUGGAACCUUUGAAGCUUUACCUUUUUGUUAAGAAUUCCUUGAUGGAUGUUGGAUCAGGCAUUAUAAUUGGUGAGUGUGAAUAUUAUGAAAAACCAUCCUUUUCUCAAUGUUUUAGUCAGAACUACAUCCAAGAAUUGUGGAUAGGCUGUGAAAUAUGUUGUUGUGCUGCUGGUUGAGUGGUGAUAAUGAAAACAGAUGGGUUAACUUCUUAACUAAAUAUGUCGCAAGAAGUUUUAAGAGGUAAAAUUGGAAAGUAAAUUAAACAGUAUCUUUCAAGAUGGCUGGUGUGAAACGAAGAUUAUGUAAUGAUUCUGAUACCCAUGCUCUUCACAAAGAACUGGAGGAGAUCUCAUGCCCUAUUUGCAUGGACCAUCCCCAUAAUGCUGUUCUCCUCCUCUGCAGCUCGCAUGAGAAGGGUUGCAGAUCUUACAUUUGUGAUACUAGUUACAGGCAUUCAAAUUGCUUGGAUCGUUUUAAAAAGUUGAAAACCAAUACUAGGAACAGUCCAACUGUACCCAGUUCUUUGGAUUUAAACUCAUACGGUUCUCAUGAUACUCAUGAUAUGCAUGCAUCUUCAAGACCAAACAUGAAUGAAGCUAAUGAUAAUCACAAUCUAAAUGAAAGCAACACAGUAAUAUCUGAUGAAGAACCACAAGAAAAUAACAAUGAAGAUCCAAAUAGGCAUUUAGAAACUCAAGAAGGUGUUGUGGAAGCAGUUGAUUCAGAGUCCGUUCAGGAAAGGGUCGAGGUUGAUGAGUUAGAUGCUGAGAAUUCAUCAGAGUCGAAAUUGAGCUUAAAAUGUCCCAUGUGCAGAGGAGCGGUACUUGGCUGGGAGGUUGUAGAAGAGGCUCGAAAGUACCUUAACUUGAAGAAGAGAAGUUGCUCACGAGAAUCAUGCUCAUUCAUUGGUAACUACCAGGAAUUGCGUCGCCAUGCCAGGAGGGUUCAUCCAACUACCCGUCCCUCAGAAAUUGACCCAUCUAGAGAAAGAGCCUGGCGACGCCUUGAACACCAGAGAGAGUUUGGUGAUGUUGUCAGUGCCAUUCGUUCAGCUAUGCCUGGUGCUGUAGUAGUUGGAGACUAUGUCAUUGAAAAUGGAGACAGGCUACCUGGUCAAAGACCUGCUACAUUUGCUGAAUCUAAUGGGCCAUGGUGGACUAUGUUUUUAUUUCAGAUGAUUGGUUCCAUUGACAAUGUUGGGGAAUCAAGGUCUCGAUCAAGGGUUUGGACAAGAAAUCGGCGUUCGGCUGGAGCUUUUUCUGAGCGUCGGUUUCUUUGGGGUGAGAAUCUCUUGGGUAUUCAGGAUGAUGAGGAUGAUGAGGAUGACUUGCGUAUAUUAAGUGACACAGGUGAGGAUGCAUCUCCAAUUCCUAGAAGGCGUAGGCGUUUGACACGGUCAAGGUCAGAUGAAGAUCAUCCAUGAGAAACAUCUCAUUUAUUGCUGUAAUACGCAGAAAGCUGUCAUCUGAGAUUUUUAGUGCAAAGAAACAUGGUUGCAGAAUUCCAUCAGCGUGGUGGAAAGUUAGCAGACAAUGUUUUUAUGAAGUUUGGAGACAUAGCGAUAGGAAAUGACAGCGAUUUUAGCUCUGCUACAAGGCUCUCAGAACAUAGGAAAAGCAAGGAGUUUGAAAUUAUACCCAUGGAUGCCAAAUCAAGUCCGCCUUGGAAGCAUUUAAAUUUGGAUGAAGAUGAUGUUCACACGAUGUGAUUGCUGUUUUAGAACUUGUUUGAUAGUUUUAGUCUGAUUUCUCUCUUCCUGCUUGUUUCCCUCCCUGUUAUUGCAUAAAUGUUAUGCUUUGCAGUUGUUUCUCUAAUGAAAAAAGUUAUGUAGAGAAUGUUGUCCCUACUUUUUUA